AUGGACAGAAGCCACGAAAUUCAACUGAAACGACACGAGGUCACGUCGGUGGCGUCAACAUCGCCGCGCUGCAUGGUCGUGUACCCGCUGGGCAAGAAGAGCAGGCAGCGCAUUGGACUCGGCGACAAGACCGGCGCCGUGUCCGUAUUUUCCAUUGACAAGUCGAUGGGGCGCGUGCCGGUGUUUGACACAACGCCGCAGGGAAAGCCUGUGAGCUGCGCAACACUGUACGAGGAUCAACUUUUCUUUGUGCGCGGCAGUGUGCUGGAGGCGUACUCGCGAAAAGGGAAGCUCUUUUUCACCUUCGACACCAAUGUGACGGAGGUAAUUCACACCGUCUUUGUGUGCACCCCGUUUAUUAUUACAAGCGGCAGCUUCAUGGUGACUGGGUUUCAAGAGGCGAAGGAGUUGGGAUUCUACAUGGCGCCAGACCGCAUCAACGCUAUGGUGGCCUUUGUGACCAACCCCACCAAGAAGCGAGAGGACCGCAGCUUCGAUGACUACCGUUGUGCGCUUGGCUGCAAUGACCGUACAAUCCGCGUGCUGUGUAACCACCAAGCCGCGUUGGAGAUCCACUGUGAGGCGACCCUCUCCGCACUUUGCGUGAGUGACGCGCCCUGCAAGGUGUAUUACGGCACAACCGCCGGAUCCUUGGGCUGCCUCGAUCUUAAGAGGAGUGACUCAACGCUGAUGCGUGAAUUUAGCUACAUCCCUGACGGGCACCAGGCGGCCGUGACGGCGUUAGCGGCGUACGACAUCAAUAUGGAUGGGAAAGAGGAGCUGCUGGUGGGCAGACAGGAUGGGUCGCUGCAGGUGUUCAGCAUCCACAGUGAAGAGGGUGCCACUACUUCCCACCCCAUCUGCAUCUGGUCGGGCAAAACGGAUGAAAGCGUUCUCAGUAUCGCAUGUGGACUCAUCACACACCCAAACCGUCCCGACAUGCUGGUGCAUGCCUUCAGCGGUAGAAUCACCGCCUUUACGCUGAAGGAAGAAGAAAACAACGCUUCCUCCAUGAAGAUCGGCGCUGCAGAUGCGGACGGCGUCAAAAACGAGAACCCCACGGAUGCUCAAAUCACAGAAGUUCGCCGAGAGAUUGAGCAUCUUAAGAAAGCAAUAGUUGUCAAAACACAGGAGCUUGCGGAUUCCACCGGCGCGACGCAUGUUGGAAAACCUGUGCUUGCUGUUUCUUCCACCUUCACGACAAAGGUGACGCUGUUGCAUCAGCAGAACACUCCAGCUCUGCAGCUCGUGGUAGAGACGGACACGCCAAUGGACUGCGUGGCGUUGCAGAGCGAGGUGCGGCUGCAUUUUGUCAAGGCGCUUUCGGCGGAGGUUGCAGUGCGGGAGGACAUCCCAAUGCACAAUCCACACACGAAGACCCUCGCCGUUGUGCGGCUCGCCGAGGCGCGGAGGUACAGCUGCUCCGUCGCCUUCUGGGUGGAGGAGGGACACUGGGGUACGCUGAAGGUCACCGCACUCGCGGCCCCGGCCCCGCGCACCGCACAGGUGAAGGCCGUGCAGCUGCGGCCACUGCAGCUGUUUGCCCGAGUCGCUGGUAACAACGAGAAGAAGGACAACACGCCACAGUCGUCCUCCAUGUUGGAGGUGAGAGGUGACUUCAGCGCCAGGGACAUGCACAGCUGGAUCUUCAUGCUGCUACCGGGAACACCAGAGUUGUAUCAGCCAAAGCUGUCCACACUGCGCUACGAGGACGCCUUCUUGCACUCCACACUUGAAAUUGAAUACAGCGAUGGUACCGCGACGUUUUUCACCGAAUCAUUGCCAGCGUUGACGGUAGCGAGACGUUUUAUCAGCAACUGUGCUGCGGAGCGGUCGUUGGGGGUGAGCUUCCGUGUGGCGGUGCAUGCUGAUGCGGUGCAGUGCAAUCUGCGGCUUAUCGUUCCACGCAUUGCGGCCUGCAACACGGCGUCCAACAACACUCAUCUCCUCGAGGCACUUCGAGAACUGCAAGGCAGCCAAGAAACCGAAAUGACCUUCUUGCCGAAGGAGCAUAGAAUGCUGCUGGAUGGGGCGGACCAAGUGGCAAAGGAGCACAUACAGGCCACUCUCAUGACGGCUUACCUGCAGAAGUCACUUGUGGCCCUCUACGACAGUGUCUCGGACUUUCUACCACACAUACCGAAGAUGACCUCGACAACGAAAGAAAACUUGGCGGCUGCGAGUUCUCACGGUGAUGCCGCGGCAUUGAUGGCGGAGCUAGAGCGUGUCUUCUGUUGCUAG